UUCCUCCGGGCCUGCGUCACGGCGUCGGGGCGGAAGCUGGUGCGGCUCGGGGCCGGCGGUUGCUGAGCGGACCCCGACGCCCGGGACCCGCGCCCCCGGGGCGCUCGCCGCGGGCCGCCGCCGCCAUGUCGCUGCUGCAGUCGGCGCUCGACUUCCUGGCGGGCCCGGGCUCCCUGGGCGGCGCGGCCGGCCGCGACCACACCGACUUCGUGGGGCAGACGGUGGAGCUGGGCGACCUGCGGCUGCGGGUGCGGCGGGUCCUGGCCGAGGGCGGGUUUGCGUUUGUGUACGAGGCUCAGGAUCUGGGAAGUGGCAGAGAGUAUGCACUGAAGCGACUGCUGUCCAGCGAGGAAGACCGGAGCAGGGCCAUCAUCCAGGAGGUGUGCUUCAUGAAAAAGCUCUCCGGCCACCCCAACAUCGUCCAGUUCUGCUCCGCGGCAUCCAUAGGGAAGGAGGAGUCAGACACGGGGCAGGCCGAGUUCCUGCUGCUCACGGAGCUCUGCAGAGGGCAGCUGGUGGAGUUCCUGAAGAAGAGCGAGAGCCGAGGGCCGCUGUCCUGCGACGCCGUGCUGAAGAUCUUCUACCAGACCUGCCGCGCCGUGCAGCACAUGCACCGGCAGAAGCCGCCCAUCAUCCACAGGGACCUCAAGGUGGAAAACUUGCUGCUGAGCAACCAGGGCACCAUCAAGCUGUGUGACUUCGGCAGCGCCACAACUGUGUCCCAUGUCCCCGACUACAGCUGGAGCGCCCAGCGGCGGGCGCUGGUGGAGGAGGAGGUCACGAGGAACACGACACCCAUGUACCGGACGCCGGAGAUCGUGGACUUGUACUCGAACUUCCCGAUCGGCGAGAAGCAGGACAUCUGGGCCCUGGGCUGCAUCCUGUACCUGCUGUGCUUCGGGCAGCACCCUUUCGAGGACGGGUCCAGGCUGCGCAUCCUGAACGGGAAGUACUCCAUCCCCGCGGACGACACCCAGUACCUCGUGUUCCACGGCCUCAUCCGCGCCACGCUGAAGGUCAACCCGGAGGAGCGGCUGUCCAUCACAGAGCUGGUGAACCAGCUGCAGGAGAUCGCGGCUGCCAGGGACGUGAACCCCAAGUCACCCGUCACUGAGCUCCUGGAGCAGAAUGGGGGCUACGGACACGCCGCCCCACCCGGGGGCCCCGCCAGCAGCAGCCACGGCGGAGGCCUGGUGGUCGCCGAGUACGAGCAGCCCUACGGCGGGCUCCUGGACCUGCUGCGCGGGGGCACCGGGCGCCUGCUCACCAACAUCAAGGACACCUCCUCCAAGGUCAUCCAGUCCGUCGCCAACUACGCCAAGGGGGACUUGGACAUCUCUUACAUCACGUCCAGGAUCGCAGUGAUGUCCUUCCCGGCGGAGGGGGUGGAGUCGGCCAUCAAAAACAACAUCGAGGACGUGCGGCUGUUCCUGGACUCCAAGCACCCAGGGCACUACACGGUGUACAACCUGUCCCCCAGGACCUACCGGCCCUCCAGGUUCCACGGCCGGGUGUCCACCUACGGCUGGGCCGCUCGCCGGGCCCCGAGCCUGCGCAGUCUGUACAGCGUGUGCCGCGACAUGCACUGGUGGCUGCGGCAGGACCAGCGCAACGUCUGUGUGCUGCACUGCAUGGACGGGAGAGCCGCCUCGGCCGUGGCCGUCUGCUCCUUCCUCUGCUUCUGCCGGCUCUUCAGCACCGCCGAGGCCGCCGUGUACAUGUUCAGCAUGAAGCGCUGCCCACCGGGCAUCUGGCCGUCCCACAAAAGGUACAUCGAGUACAUGUGUGACAUGGUGGCCGAGGAGCCCAUCACGCCGCACAGCAAGCCGGUGCUGGUGCGGGCCGUCGCCAUGACGCCCGUGCCCCUGUUCAACAAGCAGCGGAGCGGCUGCCGGCCCUUCUGCGAGGUCUACGUGGGGGACGAGCGCGUGGCCACCACGUCCCAGGAGUACGACAAGAUGAGGGAUUUCAAGAUCGAGGACGGCAAAGCGGUCAUCCCGCUGGGCACCACCGUCCAGGGGGACGUGCUGAUCGUGAUCUACCAUGCGAGGUCCACCCUGGGGGGGCGGCUGCAGGCCAAGAUGGCGUCCAUGAAGAUGUUCCAGGUCCAGUUCCACACGGGCUUCGUGCCCCGGAACGCAACCACUGUGAAGUUUGCCAAGUACGACCUGGACGCCUGCGACAUUCAGGAGAAGUACCCGGACCUGUUCCAGGUGAGCCUGGACGUGGAGGUGGAGCCCCGGGACCGGCCCAGCCGCGAGGCCCCGCCCUGGGAGAGCUCGGGCAUGAGGGGGCUGAACCCCAAGAUCCUCUUCUCCAGCCGCGAGGAGCAGCAGGACAUUCUCUCCAAGUUUGGGAAGCCGGAGCUCCCCCGGCAGCCGGGCUCCACCGCCCAGUAUGACGCCGAGACGGGGUCUUCGGACACGGAGCCCCCGGAGUCCGAGUCGCCGCAGAGCAGUGGCACGGACAGCGGCCACUUCCUGCGCACGCUGGACUGGCAGGAGGAGAAGCACGUGGACACGGGCCCGGAGUGCAGCUUCGCCCAGGAGAUGCCGCACGCCCCGGCCGAGGACGGCGGGGAGAGCGAGCCGUCGGACGAGGACACGGCGACACUCUCCGCCGAGAGCAGGGACGCGGCCGAGGAGGCCAGGCCGGGGGGGCGGGACCAGGCCCUCGAGGCGGACGCACCGGCUGCGCCCGAGGAGUCCGCGCAGCCGGAGGACAGCGUCGACCUGCUGGGGCUGCACUCCGAGCCGGCGCCCCCCGCCCCGGCUGCCGGGGCCCCCCCCAGCAACGCCGACCUGCUCAGCUGCCUCCUGGGGACCCCUGAGGCCGCCCCCGAGAGUCACCCAGGCGACCUCCUCGGCGGGGAGACCCCCCUGCUCUUCCCGAGCCCCACCCCACCCACGAGCGAGCCCGCCACGGCCGCCGACCCGUUUGACCCUCUCCUGCUGCCCGCUGAGCCCGACGCCCAGCCCUGCCCCAAGCCCGACCUCUUGGGCGAAUUCCUCAACGCGGACGCUCUGGCCGCCCCGUCCCCGCCUUUCCCCUCCACGCACAGCGCCCCGCCCCCGGCCUGCGGCACCGGCUUCCUGCAGCUGGGGGACGUGCCCUCGGAGCCCAGCAGGGUGACCGCCUCCGCCAGCCACCCCGACCUGCUGGGAGGGUGGGCCGCCUGGGCCGACGCGCCGGCCCCCGCCCCGGCCGCCACGGAAGGCCCCUUCUGUCCUGGAGCCCAGCCGGCCCCACCGGGCCCCCCAGCCGGCCAGACCAAGGCUCAGAGCCUGGACCCGUUCGCAGACCUGGGCGACCUCAGUUCCAGCCUCCAAGGUAGCUCUCCCGGCGGGUUCGCUCCUGGGGGCUUCGGUCCCAAAGCAGCCCCCCCUCCCAAAGGCGGCAGCUCCUGGCAGGCAAGCCGGCCCCCAGCCCAGGGUGCCCCGUGGGCCCCCCAGACCAAGCCGUCCCCCAAAACCUGUGCGCAGCCAAGGACUAACUACGCUGCGAACUUCAGCGUGAUCGGCGGCCGAGAGGAGCGGGGCAUCCGUGCCCCCGGCUUUGGUCAAAAGCCGCGCGUGUCCGAGAACGAUUUUGAAGACCUGCUGUCCAAUCAAGGCUUCUCCUCCAAGGCCGACAAGAAGGGGCCGAGGACCAUGGCUGAGAUGAGGCGGCAGGACCAGGCGAGGGACACAGACCCCCUCAGGCUGAAGCUCCUGGACUGGACCGAGGGCAAAGAGAGGAACAUCCGUGCCCUGCUGUCCACGCUGCACACCGUGCUGUGGGGCGGCGAGAGCCGCUGGACGCCCGUGGGCAUGGCCGACCUGGUGACGCCGGAGCAGGUGAAGAAGCAGUACCGGCGGGCCGUGCUGGUGGUGCACCCCGACAAGGCCGUGGGGCAGCCCUACGAGCAGCAUGCCCGGCUGGUCUUCAUGGAGCUGAGCGACGCCUGGGCCGAGUUCGAGAGCCAGGGCGCGCGGCCCCUGUUCUGAGCCACGCCGGCACAGCCGCACUUGGGACCAGACGUCGUCGGGCCGACCUCCUCCGGGCCAAGGCGGCGUGGGCCGAGGCGGCCGUGCCGGGGGCCGCCCGCUGCCCGCGGAGAGCCCAGCGCCCCCGCCCCGGCGC